CCAUUUCCAUGACUGGCCAGAAGAGGAGGAACGCUCUGUGUUCUCACCCCAAGCUACACAGAGAGCCUGAAUGCCACUGAGAGACCUGCAUGUCUCAGUUUUUGAAGAGGAUGUUGGGCUCUUAUGUCCUGUGGUUGGCCUUGGCCUCCUGCAUUCUGAUCCUGGCUUCCGCAGAGCAGCAAGGUUACAGAAAUGCCACCACCAUCAGUGCCUAUGGGCUGGAUUUGGAGUGUGGCACUCCUGGGGCUCCAGAACCCCCACUCUGCUUUGACUCCUGCCAGAACUAUACCCACCUGGAUGAUCCCUCUCGAAGCACAGAGAAUACAGAAAGAGCCCAGAAGUGUGACAGGGACCUGCAGGGCUGGUUCCGCUUUAUGGGAGAAGGAGGAGUGAGAAUGCCGGAGACCUGUGUCCCAGUGUAUAGAUGCCAGACUGAUGCUCCCAUAUGGCUUAAUGGGACCCACCCAACCCUUGGGGAGGGCACUGUCACCCGCACUGCUUGUGCCUCAUGGUCAGGCAACUGCUGCUAUUGGAACACUAAGAUUCAGGUGAAGGCCUGCCCGGGUGGGUACCAUGUGUACUGGUUGGAGGGCAGCCCUGCAUGUAAUCUGAGAUAUUGUACAGACCCUUCCACUGUGGAGAACAGGUGUGAGAAGGCCUGCCGCCCAGAGGAGGAGUGCAUCUUUUUCAAUGACACCUGGAGCUGUUCCUGUAAGCAAGACCUCAAUACCUCUGAUAUCCAUAGUUUGCAACCUCAGCUGGAAUGUGGGGCCACAGAGAUCAAGGUGUCAUUGGACAGGUGCAGGCUGGAAGGCCUGGGUUUUGGAGACGAGGUCAGGGCCUACUUGCAAGACCAGAAAUGCAACAGCAUCAUGCAAAGAGAGGAGAAGAAUUUGAUUUCUGUGACCAGCCCCACUCAGGCUAAUGCCUGUGGAAACAUUUUGGAGAGAAAUGAAACCCAUGCCAUCUACAAAAACACUCUCUCCUUGGUCAAUGAGUUCAUCAUCAGAGACACCAAACUCAACAUCAACUUCCAGUGUACCUACCCGCUGGACAUGAGAAUCAGUCUCCAAACUGCCCUGCAGCCCAUUGUAAGUUCCGUGAACAUCAGUGUGGCUGGGGAGGGAGAGUUUACUGUCAGGAUGGCCCUCUUCCAAGACCAGAACUAUACAUUGCCUUAUGAAGGAGCUGCAGCUGUGCUUUCCACUGAAUCCAUGCUCUAUGUGGGUGCCAUCUUGGAGAGAGGGGAUGACUCCAGGUUUAACCUACUGUUGAGGAACUGCUAUGCCACACCCACUAAAGACAGGACUGACCCCGUAAAAUAUUUCAUCAUCAGAAACAGCUGCCCAAAUCAACAUGAUUCUACUAUCUACAUGGAGGAGAAUGGGGUGUCUUCUGAGGGCCGGUUCUCAGUUCAGAUGUUCAUGUUUGCUGGAAAUUAUGACCUAGUUUUUCUGCAUUGUGAGAUUCAUCUCUGUGAUUCCCUUAAUGAACAGUGUCAGCCAUUUUGCUCAAGAAGCCAACUCCGCAGUGAAGCAGUGGCAAUCAACCCAGACCUAGUAAUAGAUUUGGGACCCAUCACUAGGAAAGGUGCCCUGUCUCUUGGUGUCAUGAAUGGAACCCCUACUACUGCAGGGUUCCUGGUGGGCUUUUCUGUGCUUCUCCUGCCUGUCCUCCUAGCUGCGCUCUUCUGAGCUCAGCUUGGUACCUGGUCCUCUGGCGAUGGCUUCCAGUCACUCUUCAGCUCUGUUGGACCUCUCUCCAAAUCUGUAAAUGUCUUAGUGUUAACAGACUCCAGGCUGGGCUGGGUUUGGGGAAAGGGAAGAGCUUCCUCUUGGUUGACCUUCUCAGUGCCUCUGUAUUCCUCUUUCUCUUGUGGUGGGGGCUCUGUUGGCCUGGCCUAGCCUGGCUUUCUCAUUCUUUAGCAGUUUUUUGAAAGCAAAUUUGCUGGGUCCUCUGUGGCUUCAGAGGACCUCAGCCUUUACCAGAAGUGUAUCAUGCUUUUGUCACUCCAAGAAAGAGGGGCCAUGUCACUGGGGAAAAUGGGAGUAGGAUGAGCUCCUUAAAGAGGCACUUCCCUUGGCUCUACUUCCUGUUCAGACUGCUGGUGAUUUCAACAGACUGACUCUUUCUUUCACCCAUAUCUUCUGAUGUAUUUCUGCCAUGGGUUCAACUAUCACCAUGGGGAGUUAUUGUAUAGGGGACACUUUUGGAGACUCAGCUCCAGGAAAGACUGGUCCCUAUUGCUCCCCUGUUCUCCACCAUACUGCCAACUUACUUUGAUGUGCCUAGAAUUACACAAACUCUUACCCUGGGAUCUGGAUGCUGAAGGAACUACCUGAUUUGAGUGCAGAGACUACCACCUCUGCUGUAAAUAGUGGUGCUUUUCCCCUGAAGGGCUAAGUUAGGAGUCCCAGAAGAAAAUAAUGCAUCGAUUUUGCCAGAGGGAUAAAGCAACAGAAGCCUGA